AUGAUGCCGAAGCCUAUAGCAUUCCCCACAGAUGCCUUGGAGAUUCAGGCGUAUGCCAUGCAGGUUGCUGGACACAAGAAGACUGAAGAUACUAAGUUUCUAGGUCUUCUCCAAUGUAGCAACGGCACUAUCCUCAAACCGAUAAUCAAGGAGGCUCAGAAGCGAGAGGUUGACUUCUAUAAGCGGAUCUCCCUGUCUGAGGAUCCGGACUUAGUCGAGUUGCGCAGUUGUACGGCCAAGUACUUCGGCUGCAAGAAAUUCACCUACAACGGUUUUGAACAAGAGUAUAUCAUACUAGAAGAUCUCACAGUAAGAAUGCUCGAACCGUGUGUCAUGGACGUCAAAAUAGGUAAAAGAACAUGGGACCCCUUAGCGACAGAAGAAAAGAUCAAAAAAGAAAAGUCCAAGUACACAGAAUGUAAGCAACAAUACGGGUUCUGUAUCCCAGGGUUCCAUGUGUACAAGCACACUACUGGACAACUACACAAGUACAACAAGGACUACGGGAAGAGACUGCACGGAGAAGCUGUGAAAGAUGCGAUCAGGAAGUACCUAAACGGUUUGGGCACGGUGCUGUGCCGGGCGCUGGUGCUGCAGUUCCUGUCGCAACUGUGGCGCAUACAGAAGUGGGCGCGCCACCAGCUCGCUCUGCGCCUCUACAGCACAUCGCUCCUGCUCGUGUAUGAUGCCACCAGGCUCAGGGAAUGCUGCGGGGAGACCAAAGACCCUCCGUCUCGCUCGUCGCCGGUGUGCUGGGGCGGUGCGGGGGUGGGUGCGGGUGCGGGGGCGGGGGCGGCGCGGCGGGCCUCGCUGGGCGCGUCCAACUUCAGCGGGCAGGUGGGCGCGCACGGCCCGCUGUACUCGCGCGUGAGCGGCGUGCCCACGCUCCCGCUGGCCUCGCACGCGGCGCUCGGCUCGCCCGACCCUCCCCCCGGCCCCCCCUCGCCCUGGGACGACGCGCUGCAGCGCCUCAGCGUCACGCACUCGCCCGACCACAACUACGACGGCAAGCUGUCCCGGAUCAAGAUGAACUACCGCGCGACGCUCGACCAGCUCUGCUCCGACUCGCCCAACCCGAACCCCUGGGGCACCGUCAAGAUCAUCGACUUCGUCCACGCCUUCUUCAACGACGAGGACGAGAGGGAACCGGACGACAACUUCAGGGAGGGCAUAGACAAUUUCGUAGAGAUAUUCGAGUCCUUCCUGAGGGAGACCGACGACCAAGUGAUUUAUGCGUGA